AUGACAGAUGAGAAAAGUAGUGAACCACCCACAUAUGAGGAAGCUAUGAUGCAGGAUACCGUGCGUCAGACAGAACCUCUGACACCUAGCCUGCCUACUGCACCCAAAGAAAAUGGUGGUGCUUACCAUGUACACAAUCCCCAUUUAAAAUCAACUCGUGGUUAUCCAGGUGGUAACCGGUUGACAUACGGCUCUAAAAGCUAA